UAGUUAGCCAACAGGUGCCUUGAUUCAACCGGCACACACAACAUUAGCAUUCAUUUCAAGCCGUGUUUGUUGCCACCUGAAGAAUUAUGGCCAAACUGCUGCCUCUCCAGCCUGGACCGGGACUGGACAUAAGCCCUCGGCCCCACACCGCUCCGGGCCGCACCACACACCUGUCCACAAGAGGACAGACAAGAGGGGGGUCCCGGCAGACAGGGACAGACAGAGGUCCACAGCUCAUCCUGGAGCAGGUGAAGCCACUGAUCCACAGCAGACUGUCCCACAUCAGGUCAGCCUUCAUGGCAGCAGACCCCGAUGGUACAGGGCUGGUGAGCAGUGGGGAGUUUAGACGGGUCCUGAAGAGCCUGCUGUCUGUCAGCCAGAACCAGCUUGACACGGUCCUCAAUCAGGUUUGUGAGAGGGGCAGUGCAACAGUGGACUACAUGCAGUUCCUGAGGAGGUUCAGCCGAGCUCCGGCGGUCCACAGAGCCUGCAGCAGCUACAGCAGCGUGAGUGAACUCUGUCUGUCUGUGUGUCUCAGGCGUGGUCCACAGAGCACUCCCAUGUCCCUGUCAGAGAUACAGAGGCAUCUCAAAGAGAAGAUCGGAGGCAACCUGAGGACUGUGAUCAGAGUGUUCGGACUGUUUGACUACAACCGAAAAGGACAUGUCCAGCGGCACGAGUUCCGCCGCAUCCUGGACAACUACUGCAUCCAUCUGACAGACAAGGAGUUUGAGAGGCUGUGGAAUCAUUACAGUCCCAAUAACACAUCCACCAUCUCCUAUGAACUAUUCCUGGACCAGCUCGGCUUCAGUGACAGCCAUAACUUAAGGAUCGCUCCAGUCUGCACUAAACUAGAAGUGUCCAGACCAGGGACGACUCCACCUGACAGAGUCAAACAGAAGAAGCAGAGACCAGAAUCUAUAUCCAGUCUGCGACCCAGGACUCGGCAGACUCUCUUCUAUGACAAGAUGUGCAUGAACUGUGUGCUGCUUUGGCGAGCACUGCAGGCCUUUGACACCAGCCGCUCCGGCCUGGUUGAGCAGGACGUCCUCAGGGCCGUUCUCAGCAGCUUUGUAUUUCCCAUGAACCCUCACUCCUUCCAGAAGCUGACCAGCCGUUAUGGUGUGCGAGUAGCGGGGCCCGUGAGGUGGAAACACUUCUUGGGCCACUUUAUGAGCCCGAUGAAAGAAGAGGGCGACACAGAUGUUGACACUGACAGGUCAUGGGAGCAUCCUGCCGCAGAGGCAAACGGCUUGGAUCUUCAGGACAUUAACCCUCGACUGAGAGAAAUCUUCCACCUGCUGGACACGAGGGAGGCAGGGUAUAUCCCCAGAGCAGAGCUGAGACAUUUUCUGGAGAGACCAGGUAGGACGCUGCCCAGGUGUCAGCAGCCACAGAUCACAGAGCUGCUCAAUGCUCUUGACCCAGAACACAGCGGGGUCAUCCAGCGGGCCAGCCUGGAGAGACUCAGCCCCAGCAUCACCAACACCGCACCUCCACCCGCCACUGCUGAGGACACUGCUGAGGACGCUGAACACACUGCUCUCAGUUCAGUGCUGGCGGCUCUGAAGCUAUGUGACCCUCAGCACACAGGAUACGUCACACAGGAAGAUCUGAAGAAGGUCUUAAGCUGCUGUGGAGCGCCCGUCUCAGACACACACUUCAACAAGCUUUGUGAGACCUCCAGCUCUACAUCUGACAGUUCUCCUCAGCUGGUUUCUUACAGGGGCUUCCUCAGGAGCCUGGGGGUACCACUAACAGAUGAAACAUCCUCAUUCCACGAGGACACCUCCCAUACUGAGAGCCGCUGCUCAUCCCCUCAGUCCACUCUGCCGUCGGUCAGGGGACAGCGGCCCCGCUCUAGCCUGCAGGUCAGCUCACACACCUGCAGCAUCCUGGACACUGUUUUCAAGAGGAUGAGAUCAAGGUUAGAGCAACGCCACAGCAGCCUGACUGAGCGCAUCCAGGCCCUCACCCACAGCUCUGAGGGGACGCUGUCAGAGACGGACGUACGGAAGAUCCUUGAGGACAGCUGGGUCGUCCUGGACGAUAAGAAUUUCCACGAGUUCACCGAGCUGCUGGGCCUCAGGGACGGUGGAAUGGAGUGCUCGGUGUUCCUGGUGAAGUACGAGGAGGCCACGGCCAGAGACGGGCAGCAGCGCUCAGAGAGUCAGAGUCAUCAGGAGGAGCUCGGCCCCCUGCUUACCUCUGCUGAGCAGUGCCUGGCUGCCAUGAAGACCAGGAUCAAGAUCAUCCACGGGGACAACCUGACGGCGUUCUGCCUGAUGGACAGGAAGCGUAAAGGCGUGGUGGACUGCCGUGAUUUCAGAGAGCUGUACAGCAGCCUGGGCCUCCUCUGCAGGGAGAACGAGUAUGAGCGGCUGCUGGAUUUGAUUGGCCUGCAUCCCGGAGCCAACAUCAACUACACAGAAUUUGUAGAUAUUGUUGAGAAUAAUGGCAAAUGCAAACCAUGGACACAAACAGCUUGUGUACAGGAGCAGCUCCAUCAACUCCUGGCCACUGAAGUACGCUACAAGUGGGCAGACAUGUGCAAGGUGCUGUGCCAGUUUGACACAGACGGUCAGGGCUGGAUCCAUAAAGCGGGCCUGAGGGGACUCCUCUUCACCUAUGCUCUUCCAAUAAGCCCUGAGGAGUUUGACCAGUUUUGGUUGAGAUAUGACUUAGAGGGGCGGGGCCGUGUGGCGGUUUGUGACUUCCUGAAAAGGCUGGGGUUUCAUCAUGAGGGGGAACUCAGAGCUCGCAGCCAGAAGCUGAAACAAACUGUUGCCCAACAGAACGCUGGCAGACCACUGUCCUCUGAUGCGGCCUCACUGCAGUCUAUAGAAGCGAUUGUGCAGAAGAACUACGCGGGGUUAAGUGACUCCUUGACUCGCCUGGAGACGAGGAGAGAUGGCACAGUGACGGUGGACGAGCUGAUCAGUGUGUUACAAACCUACAGCUGCUCCAUCAGCAGACAAAAGCUCAUAAAUCAUCUGCGCAGGCUCCAUGUUUCCAUGGAUGAUAGUGGCGAGAGGCUAGCUUACAUGGACUUCCUGUCUGCGUUUGAGCAGAAAGCAGAAGAGAAGUGUGAGCGUCCUCCUGUUACUCCUGAUGCUGUGAGACAGUCUUUGGACAGCCUCAGUCCAGCUGCGGCUCUGGCUAGAAUGAGAGAAAUUGUAACUGCCUCAGCUUCUACUCUGGAUAAGGUAUUCUCGGCCUUUGACUGCAGUGGGACAGGGACGGUCAAAGCUCUGGAGUUUCGUCAGGUGCUGGAGAGUUUCUGUGCGUGCCUGUCAGACAAACAGUACAGAUACAUGCUGACCAAACUGGAAUUGGACUGUGAGAGCUGCACUGUUAACUGGAGGGACUUCCUUAACAAGUUUCAAUCACAGAGCCCACUGCUGUCACAGAGGUGCCCGAUUAAGACCUGUGAGAAAGGGAGUAAACCCAGAUCCCCCCUCCAGACAAAUACCUCUGGAGUCACACAGCUCCAGGAAGUGGUCUCAGGUCACUUGUAUGACAUGACCGAAGAGCUUCUGGAUCUGGACCCCUUCAGCAGCACGACAAUCUCUAAAGAACAGUUCAGACAGCUCUGUGAUCGCCACUGCUUAAGACUCACAAAUGAUCAGUUUGAGUGUGUGUGGAGUCAGAUGCCUGUGAACAAGCGGGAGAAGCUUCAGUACAGAGAGUUUAUGGAACGGUUUGGUGAGUUCGGCAGGACAGAAGCAGGGGGUCCCAACGACAGUGCCCCAUCAGCGUCCUGUCAGCCCAGAGAAACUGCCCCAGCAACAUCUGGUUGCCCAGAGACUACAGGGGGCGCUCUGCAACGCACUAAGUCUGCCCCCCAGAUUUCCUCCAGGCAUCCCGCCUCAGUGGGGAGGCCUGGGACAGGAAGCCCGGCGGGCAGCGUGGAGAGGAGGCUGCGUGGGGCGGUGCAGCGUUGCUGGAAGGAGAUCCAGAGGAAGUGCACAGAGGAGGAUCCUCAGAGAGAGGGACACAUCAGCACCUCGUCUUUCCUGGAGAUCCUCCAAUCCCUCAGCGUCACUGUGACUCAGGAGCAGUUUGAGCGUCUGGCGGUGAAGUUUGACAUCAUUAGUAACGGCCGUGUUUCAUAUCACAACUUCCUGCAUCACUUCGUCCUCAACCUGAAACCAGCAGAGGCCAGGGCGCCGUUUGAGCGACGUAAACUCCCUCCUCCUACUACACUGACGAGUCGCGGCGUCCUGAGCAGAGACUGCAUGGAGGUCAUGCUGAGGAUCCACGACAUCGUCCACGCCUCCUGGACCUCAAUCAGACGCUGCUUCCUGUCGUCUGACCGUGCCCGCACAGGAAGUGUCACCGUGCAGGACUUCAGGAAGGUGCUGCACCACUUCAGCAUCAAACUGUCGGAGGACGAGUUCUUCCACCUCUGCUCUUAUUUUGAUGGCGACACCACGGGGAGGAUCUCCUUCAACGACUUCCUGUGGGCUUUUCUUCACUGACCUUCACU